GAUUCAAUGGUUGCAAACACUCCAUUCAGUUCACUCUUUCUUCAUUAUACUGGUUGUCCACUCGUGGCCAAAUCAUCACUUUUGGGCAUGUUGAGAAAUUAUAGAGAGAGCAAAACGAUGCAAUCAAUCGAAGAAGAUUUGAAGAAGGCAAGUGACAAGAAGGUGAAAGCAAUCUUGUAUGUACAGAGAGCAUUCCUGGAAGUACAAGCUGCUCAUGAAAAGGAAGCUAAAAGAUCAAUGGAAUUGGCUUUGGAAAUGGACGAAAGUGUGGGAAAUGUUUAUGUUUUCUCAUAUUUGGAGGCAUGUUGUCAUGCUAUUGCAUGUGAUUUUGAUCAAGCUACUAAACUAUUGAUCAGGACUAGAGACUUGUUGCAAGAUUCAACACAUGCUCACUUGAAAUCCGAAAUUGAAACUAAAGUUAAUGCAUGCUGUGAACAAAACAAACUAAUCUAUGAGAAGGUUUGGUCUAGUUUCUUCUCCAAGGCACCAUCCACUGGUUCACUAAUCAGUGCUGAAGAGUUGGAUUUCAACAUUGCAGUUUCACUUUACAAUUCCUGCCAAUACGCAGAAUGUGUUAAAAUCAUUGAUGACAUUUAUCUAGCUGCUGAUUCUAAAGCUGUUGCCUAUUGUUAUUAUAUGAGAGGAUCUUCCUACUUGUUCAUGAAUAGUGCAAGUGAGCAAUCCCUUAACGAUUUGGAGAAUGCUUACAAGUUGGAUAAACAAGAAGAAACUGGAAGAAUCUUAAAGAUGAAUCAAGAUCUGCUCAAGGAUGAAACCAAGGUCAACAAGAUGUUCUACAAAUUGAUCAAUGAUGAAAUCAUCUAUGCAGUCUUUUCCUACCUUCCAAUUUAUUCAGUCAUGCAAGUUUCCUCCACCUGCCGUUUGUGGAGACAUUUGGCAGCUAAAAGUUUAUCCAGACGUGAUUAUCUUGACAUUUCCUAUGAAAACUUUAUCAACAAUAUCGAUUCACACUUGAAUGCAUUCAACUCCACCAAGGGAAAAUCCGAAAAACCAUUACAACCUUAUCACAUCUUUGACCAAGUCAUCAAAUCUUCAUUAUUCGAUUUCUAUUCUGAAAAUGUUAUGGACAAGAGGGUUGCCAUUACUGAAUAUGCUUUCCAUUUUGAUCCAAAUCCUGUAGUUUGGAUUAAGGAUGUCUACCAUGAAUAUAUCAGUUAUGAAAAGAGAUUUUUGAAAAAUGUCAAAGUCUUGCACAUUCCAUUGUAUACUUGGUUUAAGGACGAAGUUCAACUAAACAAGUUUUUUGAGAAGAAUUGCAGUAACGUUGAAGAAUUGGUUCUAUUUUCUCCUCAUUUGGAAAGAGAAUUGGAGAAUGACAAGCUUAAACCAAAGGCUGUGAUGGAUGUCAUUUAUAGAAUUCCACAAUGCGUCAAGAAAGUUACUUUUGAUUUUGUUUUAUUAGAAAGGGACUUUCCAGCUGAUGUGUGCUCUGUACACGGUCUGAAAUUCCCAAAAUUGGACUAUGUUAAUGUAAAUGACAACAGAGCAAUUAUUGAAAGAUUAUUCCAACCACAUUUUCCAAAUGUUGAAGUUAAUCCAAUUGAAUUCCGUUCUAACACUUAUUAUAAGAGAGAUUAUCCUUAUAGAAUUGUUUAUUACGAAGAACCAAAACCAUUUAUCCGAUUGUAUUAGUGAUGUGAUAAUAAAAUAAAAAACAAAAUAUU